AUGGAUGCACUUGAGGAAGAAACUUUUCAAUACAUCAAUGAGAAGUUAUUCACAGAGGAGAGACCGGUGCUCUUUACAGAUUUAAUAUUUCUGUUCAAGAUUGGACCCUCCCGAAGUAAAAAAAUAAUGUACUCGUAUUACAAACAAAACACAGUUACGAAUUUCAAUUGCAUAAUUGUGACAUGCCAAAAGAAUGGGAUUAUCAAAGUGGUAAGUGACGUGAACAACCCUGGCGAUGAGAACUCAAUUACUGAUUGUUUUAUAUAUGCGUUCAAUCCGAUGGAAAAGUUCAUACCGGUGAACAGAUUAGUCGACCAACGGGACUGCCUGAGUAUCAAAAAUCCUCACAAGUUGCAUGUCGCCAAGCACCGGUCAAAGACUCUUGAAGAGAAAGCUACACCUAAGGUUACAGUACCACUUUCAAGAUCCAAAACGGUCCCAGAUGAAGGCGACACCAGAGCCAAAGUUGGUGACAUAGACACCAAGGGGACCAAGGUUAAGAAAGCCAUCAAUGCUGCCAAGGGUAAUGGUUUAAGAUCAACAGCAAUACUAGCCAAAAUGAGAGCGGAAAGAGAAAAUAAAGAGGCUCAAAGACAAGAGGAAUUGAAGAAAAGACGUGCUCAGCAACAGCAGCAGCACAACCCAAAGCAACUAUCACAAAUGGAAGAUUUGCGAUCACUUUUUGAUGAGGAUGAUAGUCUCAUGGAAGAAACUCCCGUGGUACCGACACCAGAAGCGUCAACACCAAAGAAUGAGGACUCAGCGCCGAUCGACAAAAAAGAACUCGAAGAUCUCCUGGAGACCACGGCCGAAGACACAACAAUAGCCUCACAAACAUCACCUCAGAAACAGCAGGAAGAAUUAUCGGAUGCGCCAUCCUCCUCCUACGUUGACGAUGACGGCUAUAUCGUAACCAAGCGUGCGGUCACAUCCACACCACCGCAGCAUGCAAAGAAAAGACCAGCAAGAACAGCCCCAGCGACUGUAACCAGCGGAAAAACGCCUCCCCCUACAAAGAAGACUCAGAGGACGCUUGAGAACUUCUUCAAGCGGUCUAAAAAAUGA